CGCCCCUUCUAAUCCGACGCAGGGUGGGCGUGUGAGCGAGCGAGUGAGCGCGAGAUAGACGAGCGUCGAGAAGAACGACAGAGAGAGGUCGGAGGUGAGGAAGAAAGAGGGUUCUCGCACCUGCUCUCAAAUUCAGCCUUCGAUUCGACGAGGAAUUCGUAGCCGGAGCAGGAGAUUGCGCGCCCGUUCGUGAGAUUCGUCGGAGCUAGGGUUUACUGGGCGGAAGGGAAGGCGCUUCCGGUCAUCUUUAAACGUCGAUGAGAGCCAGAAGAUACGGGUGGGAUUUCGGCUCCGGACGCUGAAGGGGCAACAUUUUGUCUCCGGAUGGAGGGUGGUGGAAGCUUAGCCGCUCUGCCUUUGGGGUUUAUCCAUGGAUUGUGAUGAUAGUGACUUUCAGAGCCAGAACUUUCAUCUAAUUGGAGAGGAUAAUGAUGGGUUUCCCCAAAGCUUACAGUCAUAUGAUCCUCCAAAAUUUGAUAUUGACGAUCAUUUUCAAUCUCAUUUAAGGUUUGAUAGUUUAGCUGAAUCACGACUUUUUCUUGGCAUUCAAGGUGAAGAAAACAAUUGGAUCGAAGAGUUCUCUCCUAGACAUAGUACUGCAGAAUUUGGCUCAAGUGCCUUGCAGACUUGUUCCAUUGCUGGGAACGACGUUUGGUCUGAUACUCCAUCUGAAUUGCCGCGGAUGCCAGUAAAAUCUAUUAGAGAUAAUGAGGUAAACACACAAAACAUGAAUACAGAGUCAGAAAUACAUCCAAAAGAAGACUCUGCUAAAAAUAUUCUGGGGUUGAGUGAUGAUAUAGCUAGAACCAACCAGCAUGGAGUUUCUCUUCACACUCCCAUUUGUGAAAAUUCUGAUUCUGUCUCGAAUAUAAAUUUAUCUGACCAAAAGUAUCAUGCUGUUGGGGAGGUGGUUGACUCAGAAUUCACUGCUAAUGUAGAAUUAACAUCUUCAUCGGUUGAGGUACCUAAAGCAUGUUUGGUUUCUGGUGAGCUUGUUGAGGUGGUUCAAAGCAAGGACCUAUUGGAUAAUUCACUUCAAACUCCCAUUUGUGAAGAUUCUGUUUCUGUCUUGAAUAUAAAUUUAUCUGACCAAAAGUAUCAUGCUGUCGGGGAGGUGGUUGACUCAGAAUUCACUGCUAAUGUAGAAUUAACUUCAUCAGUUGAGGUACCUAAAGUAUGUUUGGUUUCUGGCGAGCUUCUUGAGGUGGUUCAGAGCAAGGACCUAUUGGAUAAUUCAUCAGUGAUUAGUUCAUUUGAUGACUGUGCUAGUGCUGUAAACAGAAGUCUUGACAUGAGUGCAACUUCUGUUCCCAGCAACAGUCAGAAUUGCUCCUUGGCUUUACUCACCGAUGCUGCAAGUACCGAAACAGGUAAACUGGGAAACUCAUUAUUAACAGAGCCAAAGAAAGAAGAUUGCCAUACCAUUAAUGUGAAUAAGAACUCAGAAUCUUCACAGUCUGAAAACAAGCAGAGUGAAACAUUUUCUAUUGUACAUGGUGAACACAGACUGAAUGAACACAGUUCUCUGGACCAGGCUCUCAAUAAUGAUGUUUGUGCUGUUAAGGAUUCUUCAGGAAUGGUUCCACCGAUAGAUUCUCUGGUGUUGGAAAAUGAAGGGUCUCAUGAUAAUGUGCUCUCAGAGAACUCUGAUGGACUGCUGCAAGCUAUUGCUUACCAAGUGAAAUCUUUGAACAAAGACUUGAAGGCAGAGGAUAAAAGAUCAACUAAUACUGCUCAGUUACCAUCUUUGGCAAAGGAUGCUGGAGAGAAUUUUGUUGACGCUGUCACUGAGAAGAGAACCGAGCUUUCUGAUAUAGCAGCAGGACUUAUUACUUCUCCUGCUUUAUUGCUUGUGGAAAGUCAACCAUUUUGUUCUGGGGAACAGAGAGAUCUUGAUAAGUCCAAAAGAGUAAUUGGUGACAAAAAAUGGAAGAUAGACUUUUCAUCUACAGUAGACACUGAAAUAACUGCAGUUGAAGAUGAUACUGGUUCACAGAUUCAUACUUUAACUACCCAUAACUUGGAUAUUUUGCAGAGAGCAAAGAAUGGUGACAAUAAAUCCUUAAAAGAUUUUACUGAAAAGUUGGAUGCCUCAGAACAAACUGUUGCCAAUCAACCUUCUGCUUUACUGGAGGGUGCAGAAAAUAUGACCUCUUCCUCUAAUGAGGAAUUAGAUCCAAUAUCUGAGACUGCUUGUUUGGUUGCUGAAUCAACUGUCGAUAACAUUAGUCAUUUAGAGGAAAAGGAUGAAUCUACCCAAUCGGUCGGUUCAAAUGACAAUAAACUUAAGGAUCACUCUCCCAUUACUGAGAUUACACAAUUAUCGUCAUCUGAAACACAGGACCAUGGUGUGUUGAUGGAUAGUGAUGAGAUAUCAAUCAAGGACCAAGCAGAGAAUACCCAGCUGCUACACUCUGAGGUUGAAGUGAUAAUAGAAGAGAAAGAAAUCAUAUUGUCAUCCUCUCCUGAUUUGCAUUCAGAUGGGAAAGAUGCACAGGCCACUUCCUUGUCAGAUGUGAAUUUUAGCACAAACAGUGAGAAAGUAGGAGGAUUCCAUGUGAUGGCUGAUUCAGAUGCGAAGGGUCCAUCAGUUGAGAUUUUUUCUGAUGAACAGGAAACUACCAAAAAUGAUGAAGUUCAGGUGGCUUUUUCAGAUGGGGCAUUUUCUCUUUCCACUUGCAAAAGCACAGAGCAAGAAGAUGCAAAUUUAGCUCCAACAAAUCAUUCUGACAAGCCAAAACAUACUGAUAUAGAAUUUGAUACGUCAAAUAUUGGUACAAAUGUCCUUUCUCAGUUGCCUUUGCCUGAAGGUAAUCUAGAGUCCUCCUCCUUUGAUCCUCAAGGUGGAAAGGCAAGUUCAUAUGAUACAAAUUGUGGUUCACCUACUGUUAUUAGUUGCAAAGAAUGGAACCUUGAGGAAAGGAAUAGCACACAGUAUAGAGAAAGGAAUAGUUUGUUGCAAAAUUUUGCAGGCCCUUCGUUAGAGGCACCAAAGUUUGAUAUCUUUAAAGGCACUGUUCAAGAUCCCAAAAUGAGUACUUUUGGUGAUGAUGGAAACUUCACGUUCAUAGUACCCCUAUGUAAAAAUGAUACCCCAGAAGACUGCAACAAGGCUCAGGAAUUUGCCAAUACGACUCAGCUCUUAGAACAGUCUCAGAUUUCUGCAGAAAUUUCUCAGGAACAUUCAAGUGACACUGUAAAAGAAACUACUAUCAAUCCAAGCAUGAGUGUGGAAAACAAAAGGAAUCAAGCAUCUGCUCGUGCAACUAAGAAGGCCGGUAUUUCAAAAGGGGAUGCAAAUGAGAAGUCACAAGAAAAACAUUCUAAAGGAAGCAAAAGGACACCGCGUAGUACAUCUAGUAGAGCCUUAAGAAACAAAAUUAGCAAAGAUGAUGUGCAGCAAUGUACUAUGAAAUCUUCCUGUUCUCCAAAUGUUCAAACAUCUAAUCUGCCGGAUAUGAGCACAUCAGCUACUCCGCUAUUUCAUCAGCCUUUCACAGAUUUACAACAAGUACAAUUGCGGGCUCAGAUUUUUGUUUAUGGAUCUCUCAUACAAGGAGUCCUGCCAGAUGAGGCUUGCAUGUUACCAGCCUUCGGAGGAACUGAUGGAGGAAGGAGCUUAUGGGAGAAAACAUGGCGUGUUGCUUCAGAAAGGUUUCAUAACAAGAAAUCACUGACCAGCAGUUCAGAACAAGGUGUCAGCUGCAGCCCUCUCUCAAGCAAGGCUCUUAAUUCCUCUGCUGGUAGGAGGGACAGCAAGACCCCAAUUGCAGCAACAAAAAGUUCCAUUGUUUCUUUCCAAUCACCAUUCCAGAAUUCAUCUAAGGAUGUUUUACCCUCGAAUAUCACAAGAGGCACCUACUUAGAUUCCAAUCAAUCUUCCCUUCCUCUACAUUCAUAUCAGACUUCGCAGAUGAGGCAGUACUUGACCAACUCUACAUCUUGGUUUUCUCCAAGUCCUCAUCAUGCUUCGUGGGUUGUUCCAUCACAAGGUUCACCUUUUGAUUCAACUGCACAUCAUUCUUCUGCAAUAGCUUCUGAAACAUCUCAAGUAACACCUGCAAGAGACACUUCUAAAUUUCGUGCAGCAAAUAUGCAGCUUACCUCUUCAAGCGCUUUGCUGCCUCGUCAAGAUACUCCAAGUAUUUCUGCAGUAUUGUCAAGUGAGGUUCAAAAUAAGGAAGCUACUCCUGUAGGAAAUAAAAGCACUUCUACUAGGGAGAAGUCCAGAAAGAGGAAAAAGAUUUCUUCAUUGGAGGAGCCUCUGUUGAAUAUUUCUACUCCCCAACCUCAACUAGAUUCUGCUUCUGCCACUUAUGUCACUAGUAAUCUACCUAGUUGUUCAUCCCUUCCUCGAUUGUCUAGUUCUCUAAGUCCCAGUACAUCUGUUGGUUUUAUUUCAACUACAUCUCAAGCACCAGCUGUCCCUUACUACCAAAUAUUGGGGAAUAGUUCUCAACAGAAUAUCUUCUCAAAAGAGACCUGUACUCAUAUUGAGCAGUCAAAGGUGCAAGCUGACAUUGCUUCUGCUUCUGCUGCUGCUGCUAUUAAGCACAGCCAAACUAUUUGGGAACAGAUGACUGCUCAAAAAUCAGGCCUUCCAUUGGAGGUUGAAGGGAAGCUUGUCUCUGCAGCUGUUGCUGCUGCAGCAGCUGCUUCUGUAGCAAAGGCAGCUGCAGAAGUUGCUAAGGUUGCAUCCGAGGCUACAAUGCAGGCUAAGAUGAUGGCAGAUGAGGCAGUUAAUUCUUCAUAUGCUGAAAAUGGUACUCAAAGCACUGAAAGUAACCUUGAUAUUGGGAAAAGUUUGCUUACCUCUUCAGGUAAGGAUAACAUUAAUGGUCUUUCAGUCAUUUCUGCUGCACGAGAGGCUACAAGGAGGAGGGUAGAAGCAUCCUCUGCAGCCAUGAAGAGGGCUGAGAACUUGGAUGCCAUACUAAAAGCUGCAGAAAUGGCUGCAGAAGCUGUGUCCCAAGUUGGAACCAUCAUUGCAAUGGGGGACCCCCUACCAUUCUCAAUAAGUGAAAUAGUAGAAGCUGGAUCUGAUGUUUACUGGAAACGACAUCGUAAGACUAAAAUUGGGGCUGAAUCAAAUUUACAGCCCAAGAAGAAUUUAGGUCUGCAUAUAGCAAGUGACCAUGAGUUAUACACAGAACAACAAGCUGAACUGCUAUCAGAUCAUAAUAAGAUAAAAGAUUCUAUUAUUGAAAGGUCUCCUGGUAACCUGAAGUCCAUAUCAUCAGAAGAACAUUAUGAAGGGCAUGAGUUACAAGGCAGAGAAAAGAUUGUUUCAACCGGAAGAGGUCCUACACAAGGAAGUACCAUUCAGACAGGCUCCCAUGUUGAGGUUGUAGCUGAAGGUGGUCUUCAAGGAGCUUGGUUUUCUGCAUUUGUCCUUGAUAUCAAAGAUGGUAAAGCAUAUGUGCAGUACAAGGAUCUUCCUUCUGAUGAAGGUCAUGAGAAGCUCAAGGAGUGGAUACCACUUGAAUCCAAAGGUGACCAACCUCCCAGAAUACGUGCACCACAUAACAUAAUGGUAGGUAUACCAGAGGGAACAAGGAAGCGGAGGAGAGGGACUCUAAGUAAUUUCAAUUGGGCAGUCGGUGACAGGGUAGAUGCAUGGAUGUGUGAUCGUUGGUGGGAAGGUGUUGUCACUGAUAAGAAUCCAGAUGAUGAAACCAAAUUAACUGUACACUUUUCAGGGUCCGAUUUGUCAGUUGUUCGAGCUUGGAACUUACGGCCGUCACUUAUUUGGGAAGAUGGCCAAUGGAUAGAAUGGUCUCGUGCGAAAGAAAAGGUUGCUCUUGAAACAUAUGAGGGUGAUACACCCCAGGAGAAACGUCAAAAGCUUUGGCGAUUAGAUGACAAAAGUAAAGAAGAAAUAAUUGAAGGAGGAUUGAAUACUCACACAGGUGACUCAAGCAAGCUGGAAGAGACAAACCCACUUAAUUUGUCAGCAAAGGAUGUAAUGUUUUCCAUGGGGAAGAAUGUUGGUGAGGGAAAUAAUGACGAUGCAUUUAAGGUAAAACGAGCAGGCCUUCAGAAAGAUAGAUCUAAGGUGGUAUUUGGUGUUCCUAAGCCUGGGAAGAAACGGAAGUUUAUGGAGGUUAGCAAACACUACACAGCUGAUAAGACUGAAAAGGCAGCUGAAAGGAGUGAUUCCAUGAAGUUUGCAAAAUAUUUGAUUCCCCAAGCAUCACAGUCAUGGAGGAACAGCUCAAAACAAGAGACAAAAGGAAAGCAAACCACCAACCUGAACACCAGAGUGCUUAAAUCUUUGAGGUCACAGAAUGUUCAGGCUAAGAGUACUGUAGAUAAGGAUAAACUGGUCAACAGUGCCUCUGUCUCAAAUGGAGUAGAAGUGAGUCUUAAAACUUCUUUUAGCACAGGAGAGAAGAAGGAUUCAAUGGAAAUUGGUUCUCUUCCGCAUAUCAUUGGUAAAGUAGAUGUUGCAGUCCUAGAGCCUUCUGCUCAGCCUGUUCAAGGUAUUCCAGCAUCUAAGAAGAAAUCCUCUUCUCUUGAGGUUGAAAUGGGGGAGAAAGAAAAGGGUUCAUCUGGUGUAGAAUUGACUUCCAGAUCCGAAGUUCAAGGUUUGGAAAAUAUUGGAAAAAGAUCUGAUGUUAUUGAACCCCGAAGAUCCAAUCGUAGAAUUCAGCCGACAUCAAGAGUGAGCUUUCUAAUUUACUUUUUUUAUUUGAUAAGUGCUAGCUGGGCAACUACGCAGGAAUGUUACCCUCGAAUUUUCCUUGGUAGCUGUCUAGUUACUGGAGGGAUUGCAAAGCUCUCUGCUCAUAUCCAAGAUUCCCAAUUUUUCACAUGAUAAAGGCACCAAGAACUUGCAUAAAGGCGGACCAUCUUCUAGAGGUCCGAGUCAGAUAAAUCGCAGAUAGCUUCCUUACUGAUGUAUUUCAGUUCACAUAGAAAUUUCCAGCGCCACUAUGACAGAAUUAAAUCUAGGGUUCGUGUACAUAAAUGCUAUCCCAAGAUUGCAAUAUGAAAAGACUUUCUCGGAUGAUAGAUGGUGUAAGAAACCUUUUUUUUUGUCAGAUGACUAGGUGUAUAAUGCCAUAGGUUCAAAGUUAAUUAUGCUCUUUAUCAAGAGCCUAAACGUAUUAAUUCUCAAAUUAUGAUUGUACGCGUCAAGUUAUUGAAUUUCUUGCUGCUUUUGCUA